AUGGCCUUCUUUCUUCCCCCACCUCCGCCCCACGCCGGCGCCUACGCUCCGCCGUCUACAGCACAACGACGGCGUAGCAGCUCUGAGCCGCCCAUAAGCACAACAUCGAAGCUGUGGCGAGUAGCGAGCUCAGAUACCACACAGAAUGAUGCGCCCAUAGCGUCUGCGAUUCAACGAGGUAGCGGCUCGCAAGUGUCGCUGGAUAAGCUGCUGCGAUCGCCUCCCUCAAAUGAUGCUGCAGUCGUGGGAAGCGCUGCGGUCGCCAUUGCUAAGAGGUCCACCGUACGGGCUGGGCGUGGUACCGGCGCCAGGACGACAUACUCAACACCUGCCGAGCGACAGCCCACAUCGCCCAGGUGCCAUGUUCAUCAGCCGCAGCAAGUCUCCUUCUUGGCACACGUCAGAAUCGCCUCCAGCCCGCCGAGGAGUGAGCUCGUCAGCGCCAAGAGCCCAGCUACGGAACGAGCAGCCGUGAAUGCGGCAGAGUCACCUAGCCAGCUCAAGGGCAAUUCACCAUCGUCAUCCCGACUCAGCACGCCCAUCACCAAGCGCUCCAGGUGGCAACUACGCCCCUCGAUCGCACCCAGCUCGAGCGAUGCCGCAACCUCUUCGCACAUCGGCGAAAGUCCAGUCAGCCCAGCUUCGCCAAACGCAUACAUGAGCCUCCUUGCCAGAGCUCGCUUACCGCCAAGACCGGGUUCCUCAUCCUCGCUCUCGUCUGUCGUCAGAAGGAAGAAGCACCGCUCGACAUCGCCGGCUCCAAAGCGCAGCAUCAAUCACUGUGAGCCCAUGCCGGGGCAGGUGGGCUUUCCUGAGGGGUACAUAGUGGCGAGGUUACAUCCUGACGGGUCUUCGACGUCUAGACCACAGUCAGCGCGCUCAAGAGGUGCUAUACCCAGCUUCGACGGCCUCUUUCGUCCAGCCAAGCCGCAGGACCUUGCGAAGCCCAAGAGCAGUUUCUAUCCGGGCACGCUGAUUCUCGUCCGAGGCGAAGAGGAGGGCCGGCGUAUGGCUGCCAGGCAAGAGAAAGAGGACUUCGCCCACGAGCUUCAGCGCAGCGACACUUUCUCGAAGGCGCGAAGCAAGAGAAGCGCGGCGCUCACUGCUAAGCUCAAGGAGAGUAUCGAGAACUUCUUUUAUGUGGAUAUCGAGCCAGCGGAGCGCAGUGGGAGGGAGGCUCAACAGGUUAGAGAACAGAAGCAGCGAAGGCGAGCGAAUAGCACAACCGGAUCAAGUUCACAUGCGCAGCAUCAUGCGUCACCAGCUUUUGAAGGAUUGCCCGCUCAUGCAGAGCAAGGCGAACGAGCUGAGCACAAUGAAUCAGCAGUGCGAAUGGAAGCCCAUUCGACACCUCCGACUUCACCAACGAUACCGUCGCGCAAGGUCUCUGCUCGACCUGCUACAGCUCCAUCAUGGCAGACAGCUCCAUUGAGCUCUGCAGACGCCACCAGCCAAAUUCGCACUGGCGAGCCGACCUCUGCGACUCAGCUGCGGCAAGCCUUUUCCGAGCGUCACGAGCCAGUCGCGGUCAGAGAGUCCGCAACAGGCGAUACAACAGAGCCUAUAAUCCUGGAAAACCAGCCCAUCAUUCUCUGGUCAGGCUACACUUCGCAUUCCACCUCUUCCGCAUCUUCCGGCUCCUCUCGCCGCUCAACCUCCUCCUCCUCCUCAUCACCGUCAUCCCCCGCCGCUACCUCAGGGCGCGACACGCUCAAGGACUCCAGGGAACUGAUAAGCGCCAAAAUGCAAGAGGAAGAGGCAAAGUCGCCUCGAGUCGUCUCUCGAUCUCAGCACCUCAAAGAAGUCGCAUCGAGGGACGGACUUGCAGGCCUGGUGCGACUGGCAGUUAAGAACGUCGCGAGGGGUGCGAGGAGGGGAAUGAGACCGAGGACGCCUGCCCCUUCACUUGGACCAGAUACGGUACAAAGUGGUGCACUUUCCGUAGCGAAUCAAAUUCAUGAGCAAGGUAGGCACGAUGACCUGCUCAACGGUGGUAUUGCACGUGAUCAAGAGGACAGGCGAGAGACACCGCCGCCCUUGCCACCAAAGCCGAAGCUCAGGCUCGACACUCAGCUGCAGGGCCAGCGGCAAGGCGAUGAAGAGAUUGAGGGGAGAUCAGCAAUUGACGAAGGGCGCGGGAGCCGGCGCGAUCACAAACGCUCAAAGCAGAACAACAACCAAAGGCUCACUCCCCGACCCAAGCGCGAGGUACGCAUCGUCGUUCAGCCGGAGAGGCUGGGUCGACCGAGCACUGCGCUCGCUCAUCUGUCGAGUCAUGGUGGCGAGGCUCAAGCAGGCAAAGCAGGCGCGCAAUUGCAAUCGCAAUCGAAGGAAGUCCUCAUUCAGGAGGAAGCGCGUCAUCGAGCGGAUAGAUGCACAGCAGCUAGCGACGAGCUGACAGCCGCAGUCGAGCUCGCACUCUCGUCUACGGGCCACGAUGAAGCAGAGGGUAAUCCCGUAAGCAGAGGCACGAAGAGCUCGCCCACCGUCCUCGCGCUGAACGGCAAGCUACCCGUCAAACCGAGACGCACACCAUGGGAUUGGCCCGGUGACGCGGGAUGCUGA